CUGCGGCUGAAUCCACGACCACGAUGAGCUCUUACGAACGACACUCCAUCGCCUCUACAUCCCGCUCAACAUCCAGCGACACCUCCUCCAGAAGAAGGCGGGACACUUCUUCCGACUCAUCCUCUAUCGACCUCAAGGCGACCCCAUCCUCCUCCACCCCAGCCAUCCUCCCCCAGCCCACCAUCCACUCGCACUCCCCAACCCCAUCCUUUGGCCUCCUCUUCUCCUUCCUUACCCCACGCAGAAAACUCACACUCCUCGCACCUGCCAUUGCCUCAUCUGUCGUCUCGGGCGGUAUCGCCCCCUUCAUGACUUAUGUCGUCGGCCAGUCCUUCAACGCCUUUGCCGCCUACCCGCUCACCGCCAACCCACCACAAGCCGCCAAGGAUGCGCUGCUUCACGGCGUCGGCCUUGCUGCCAUUGAGCUCGUUGCGCUCGGCGUCGGUGCCCUGCUCAUGAGCAGCAUCACGAGCAGUCUGUGGAUAUGGACCGGCGAGCACAACGUUGUCGAGCUCCGAAGACGCGUCUACGAGUCCGUCACGCGCAAAGAUAUAACGUGGUUCGACCUCCGCAUGGGCUCGGAAGGAGAUGUGCAGGACACCACCGCAAAGGACGCACCGAUAGGUGCUGGUGGGCUCAUGGCCAAGUUCGCUCGCGAAACGGACGACGUUCGAACGGCCUCAUCGCUGGCUUCUGGUCAACUCCUCCAAUACCUCACAACAACCAUCACCUGCCUCAUCCUCGCAUUCACGCGCUCCCCGCUCCUUACCCUCGUCAUUCUCUCCGCCGUCCCCUCCUUAAUCAUAAUCCAAGCCCUCUCCCAGGGCUUCGCCGCGCCGCGCCUCGCGCGCGAGCGCUCCCUCUCCGCCGCCGCCGCCUCCCUCAUCUCACGCUCGCUCGGCGCCAUCGCGACCGUCAAAGCGUUCAACGCCGCGCCCGCCGAACACGCCUCGCUCGCGCGCGUGUUCGCCAGCAUCGCGGACGCGUCGCAGGGCCUCGCGCGCCUCUGGGGGGGCACGGCGGCGCUCUCCCAGUUCGUGUCGAUGGCGAUGUUCGUGCAGGGAUUCUGGUUCGGCGCGCAUCUCGUGCGUGACGGGCGGAACAGCGCGGGGGACGUUAUGGCGGUGUUCUGGGCGUGUCUUAUUGCGACGAGCAACCUGCAGAUGGCGGUGCCGCUGCUUGUGACGGUGGGUAGGGGCAAGGCGUCCGCGGCGGCGUUGGCGGCGGUUGUGGCGGACGAGGUGGUGCUUCCGCCGCCGCAGAAUGACCAGUUUCUCCCGUCGUCGCCGUGCUCUGAGCUUUCGUUUACCGCUAUUCCUGCGAAGAAAGGCAGGCCCCAGCAACAGCAACACAGACGCAGGCGCACACAGGCGCUGCGCAAGAUCCUCCCGCGCCAAUUCGUCGGCGAACUCGCGCUCACCUCCGUCUCAUUCGCGUACCCCGCGCGGCCGGACGUGCCCGUCCUGCGCGACGUCUCGCUGUUCCUCCCCGCGCGCGAGACGACGUUCGUCGUCGGCGCGUCGGGCUCGGGCAAGUCCACGCUCGGCGCGCUGCUGCGCGGGGAGUACGCGCCGUGUGCGGGGAGCGUGCUGCUCGAUGAGCAGGAUAUGCGGUUUCUGGAUAACGCAUGGGUGCGCACGCGCGUCGGCGGGGUGUGUCAGGGGAGCGGGGUGGUGUUUGGCGGGAAGAGUGUGUUUGAGAAUGUGGCGGUGGGUGCGGUGGGGAGGGGCGGGAGGGCGGAGGAUGUGGAGGUGAAGCAGGUGGUGGAGGCGUGUAGGAUGGCGAUGCUGGAGAGCUGGGUGGGUGGGCUGGAGGAGGGGUAUGAGACGGUGGUGAGUGGGGGGAGCGGGGGUGGGGAGGGGGUGCAGUUGAGUGGGGGGCAGAGGCAGCGGGUGAUGCUUGCACGGGCGCGGAUUAGGGAUCCGGAUGUGUUGAUUCUUGAUGAACCGACUUCGGCUCUCGACCCGCCCACCCGCGCACUCAUCAUGGCCGCGAUCCGCCGCUGGCGACAGCACAAGACGACAGUCGUCAUCACGCACGACCUCGCGUCCAUCGAGGACGCCGACUUUGUGUACGUCAUGAAGGCCGGGCAGGUCGUCGAGCAGGGCUUCCGCGCGGACCUCGUCGUCGCGCCUGACGGCGAGUUCGUGCGCAUGCUCGGGUCCGGCGGCGUGCAGGACGCGGACCAGGACGGUCUCCCGGGCUACGACGAUGUUCUCGCCGAAGACGCACACGGCGAGACCUCGGCGGACGGGCUGUCCGUCCGCGAGGGCCACCUCAGUAUCGGCGCGAUGUCGGUGCUGCGCCCGGUCACGCAGUCGUUGGGCAACUGGAUGUUCGAUGUCGUGUCGGACCUCACGCGCCCCGCCCCCGCUGGCGCCGUCCGGCUCCCUCCGGACGAAGAAGAGAUCUCGCCGCUCGACAAGCGCGAUUUCCGCAGCCAGUUCGUCCCCGCCGAGGCGUUCCCGUCGCGCGAGCAGAACCCGUUCGAGAAGGCGGAGACGCAGGCGUGGAACGGGACGACUGUUCAGCGCGUGCGCCGGCCGAGCAGCAUGUCGAUUCUGCCGUCGCCGACGUCGCCCAAGGCCUCGAGGGCUUCGCGCUUCGAGCUGCCCGAGCUGUCGAUGCCCCCGCGCGCGUACGACGGGCGGCGCAUGAGUCUCCAGUGGACGCCGACGAGCCCCACGUUUUCGGCGACGCCGACAGUGGUAGCGACGAGCCCGACGUUCUCGAGCCCGCGCGUGGCGUUCCGCAAUCCGUUCGAGGACGCGCCGGUUCCGCCGCAGGACGAGGGCGUGUAUGUGAUCGAGGAGGACGAUGCGUUCGAGAUGGAGAAGGCCGCGAUGGACCGCAGCGGCGCGCUCGCUGCGACGCGGCGAUCGACGCGUGCGAGCUCGCACCGCCCGAGGAGGUCGACGGUCACACACGAUAGGGCGCCGCUUAUCAAGGUCGACGUCCCCCCCGUUCCCGCCUCUGGCGCCUCCACGAAGUCCCCCGCUCCGGGCACACCCGGGCUCAUCGCGACGAUCCGGAUGGUCUACCCGUCGAUCCCCAACAAGCCGCUGCUCGCCCUCGGACUGCUCGCGUGCCUCGCGAGCGGGUCGAUGACACCCGUGUUCUCGUUCCUGCUGUCCAAGCUCAUGUUCGAGGUCUCCGCAGGCGCAUCCGACGCCUCGCUCAUCAACGCGUACGGCGCGCUCGUGCUCGGCAUCGCCGCGCUCGACGGGCUGCUGCUCGGGACCAAGUACGGCGUGAUGGAGAGCCUGUCGAUGCGCUGGGCGGCGCGCGUGCGCGGGGUGGCGUUUGCAAGGGUUGUGCGGCAGGAUAAGGCGUGGUUUGAUCGGGACGAGAACGGGGUGGCGAGGGUGACGCAGGGGAUUGUGAAGGAUGCGGACGACGCGAGGGUCGUUAUUUCGGUGGUGAUGGGGCAGUGUGUGGUGGUGUGUGCGAUGUUGGGGCUGGGGCUGGUGUGGGCGAUGGCGUGGGGGUGGCAGUUGACGCUUGUGGGGCUGGCGGUUGCGCCUGUGUUUGUGGGUGUUAUGGGUGCGCAGAGCGGGUUGGUGGCGAAGUGCGAGGUGCGGAAUAAGAGGGCGAGGGAGGAGGUCGGGAGGGUGUAUUAUGAGUCUAUUCUCAACAUCCGGGCCAUCCGUGGGCUUGCUCUGGAGCCUGUUCUCGCGCAGCAAUUCGAGACUGCCGCAGCGCAGUGCCUUUCCACUGGCCGCCGUGGUGCGUUCGUCGAAGGCUGCACGUACGGUGUUGCUUCCGCUCUCAUUUACCUCGCCGAGGCGCUGCUCUUCUACGUCGGCGCGGUGCUCAUGUCCAAGGGCACGUACACGUACCUGCAGAUGGUCCAGACCCUCAACCUCGUCGUCUUCACCGUCACGAUCGGCUCGCAGCUCAUGGCGUUCACGCAGCGCAUCGCCAAGUGCGUGCGCGCGGCGAACGACCUGCACGCGCUUGUGCGUCUUGAAGACGGGGAGGGCGAGCGGCAGGGCAUGCUCCGCGAGAAGAUCAAGGGCGAUCUCGUCUUUGACGCUGUCGAGUUCUCCUACCCGACCAACCCCACCGAGACGGUGCUCAGGUCCCUCUCGAUGCGCAUCCGUGACGGCGAGUGCGUCGCGCUCGUCGGCGGCUCCGGGUGCGGCAAGUCGACCGUCGCUGCGCUUCUUCAGCGCUUAUACGAGCCGACCGGGGGCGCGAUCACCGUCGGCGGGGCGAACCUCUCGUUCAUGGACGUCAAGCACCUCCGCGACCACGUCGCCGUCGUCUCGCAGAACCCGAACCUGUUCGACGCGUCCGUGCGGGACAACAUCGCGUACGGGCACGCGGACCGGCUCACGCAGGCCGACGUGGAGCGUGCGGCGCGCGCGGCGCACGUGCACGAUUUCGUGAUGUCGCUGCCGCAGGGGUACGGGACGCUCGUGGGCGAGAACGCGGCGCUGAUCUCGGGCGGGCAGGCGCAGCGGCUGCAGCUUGCGCGGGCGCUGGCGCGGCCGUCGAAGAUAUUGAUUCUGGACGAGUGCACGAGCGCGCUGGAUGCGCAGAACCAGGCGGCGGUGCUGGAGACGGUGCGCGAGGCCAAGGUGGGGCGGACGACGCUUGUGGUGACGCAUAAGGUGCCUGUGAUGCGGAUGUGCGAUCGGAUUGUGGUGCUUGAGGGUGGGCGUGUGGUGGAGGAGGGCACGUUUGAGAGUCUGGUUGAGCGGCGGGGCUCGUUCGCGAAGCUGGCGAGCGGCGGGGAGUGGGUUGGGGAGUAGAUUCUCUCGGCCCGAGGCGGCUUGGAUUUCUUGAUUUUCUUUUUUGAUUGUCUUUCUUUUUCUUGGUUAUCGUUAUAUCCUGCUCUGGUCGCGCCACCCAUCCCGAUUCCCCCAUACCACAUUCACCUCUUCAUGAUAUCCUACAUCCCGUCCAUGCUUCACUUACUUGGGGGGUUUCUCUUGAUUUCUAUCGUAUAUCUCAUCACUGCUUCGAUUUCACGAUAUCUCAUAACAUACUACACGACCUUUGGACGCCUCCCGGAUUUACUUACAUUAUCACCCCUUUUGACGACCCAGCAGACGAGUACGCAUUUUGUAGUACUAACAUCAUCACAUCGCUAUCAUCCUAGAUUAUAGGAUUAAUCGUAUCUACAACCAGAUGGUCGGCUUUUGUUUGCAGCUGUUUGG